AUGCAAGUAUACAAGUACUAUAGAUACAAAAAUUUUGUCUAUAUUCUCAUGGAAUGCUGCCCUUCAGAAUUUUAUUCUCACAAUACCAAAAAAAUUUCAUUAAAUUCAGACCAAUUGAAGAAAUAUUGCUAUGAAAUUUUAUGUGCCAUCAAGAUGUUUCAUGAUAGAGGUAUUUCUCACACUGAUUUGAAACCCUCAAAUUUCAUGAUUGACCAAAAUGGGAAAGUCAAGCUGUGCCAAGCUAGCAUUGCUUCAUUAUACGAACGUGAUAUCCAGCAAAUUGAUUACAGAGAUUUUAUGCUAUUCAUGUCGCCUGAGGUUUUAAAACGAAAGGCGUAUGACCCAAUGAAAGCUGAUAUUUGGGCAGUCGGAAUAACUUUCUAUUACAUUUUCCUACAUAUACAUCCAUUUUUUGCAGAUAAUUUCAAAACAUUAAUUAAAUUAGUUAAUGACGGUAUAUUUCCUAUUUUUGCCAUCAAAGAUCCUCAGUUUAGAGAUGUUAUUAAUCGUUGCCUAGAUUAUUGUGAAGAAACACGAGCAUCAGUUGAUGAAUUAUUAAAUAUGCCUUACUUUGCAAGCUUUGCAAUAACAAAGAAACCAAUAAGAGAAAGGCAAGUUGCAGCACGUAGUCACAGUGCUAUUGUUCAAAAUAAAAUGCUUCAAAAAUUAUCUGAAAUUAGUAAAUCCAGAAUAUCACGUGUACCUCUUACACGUCGUCUUGCAAAAACGAUUAGAUGCAAAAAGGAUUAG